UGUCCGUGGUAUUUUCAUGAUAUUUUCAUUGCGGUAUCGCUUGUUUUUCCAUUAUUUAUACUAUUUUUAACUUUCACAUUUAAUAACUUUUACGUCUAUUUUAUUAAUCUUUUUGUCAGAUUAUGUAAUCAAAAACUCUUUUAUUCAGUUACAAUGGUAAUGAUAUGUUUUUUCUCGUUAUAAAAUUUCGUUGUCUGUCAAAAUGGGUUUAGACUUCGAUGUUUUAGAAUUUUGUAAAAAACUUCGUCAACAUAGACCCCCACCGUACAAAUGUCCAUUGGAGAAGUGCGAUAAAGUAUACAAGAGUUUGUGCGGGCUUCAAUAUCAUUUAGUAAACUAUGAUCAUGACAAUCCAUCACCGGCGACGCCUGCCGUUGCUAGUAGCCGGAAGAAGGGCGGGAGGACCAGAGCACCGGUGUCAACUGGCGACAUAGCCCUACAGAGCCCUCCUAAAGAGGCUUUAACUUUUGCGGAAGCGCAGAAAGUAGUGCAGUUUGAAAUAGAUGGCAAAAUCAGUAGGAUACCCAUAGAUCAGCCUUUACCGAUUAUGUCUCUAGAAGAGUGGGAGAAAAAAAAUGCUGAAUUAGAGAAACCAAUUCCAUUUGUUGAACCACCAGCAGAGCCUCAUGUGAAAUUACCUGAAGCCAGUUUUAAGCUGAUACCAGACUACAAUGAGAGAGUAUGUGAUGCACCACCUCGUCCUAAUGCUUACAUUCGCUUCAUUGAGAAAUCAGCUGAAGAGCUUGAUGGUGAGGUGGAAUAUGAUGUGGACGAAGAGGACACAGCAUGGCUGGCAAUCAUCAACAAGACUCGGGUCAAGCAGGGUUUGCCACCUGUUUCUGUGGACACAUUGGAGUUACUUAUGGAUAGAUUGGAGAAGGAAUCUUAUUUUCAAGCAACACAGAGUGGACAACAAACAGCCGCCACUGUAGAUGAAGAUGCUGUAUGCUGUAUAUGUAUGGAUGGGGAGUGCCAAAACACCAAUGUUAUAUUGUUCUGUGACAUGUGCAACCUUGCUGUGCAUCAGGAUUGCUAUGGAGUGCCCUAUAUCCCAGAAGGCCAGUGGUUGUGCCGGCGUUGUCUUCAAUCACCAUCACGUCCUGUCAACUGUGUGCUUUGUCCGAAUACAGGAGGUGCAUUUAAGCAGACAGAUCAAGGAACAUGGGCUCACGUGGUGUGUGCGCUUUGGAUUCCAGAAGUGCGAUUUGCUAACACUGUAUUUUUGGAACCAAUAGAUUCGAUAGAAAUGAUUCCGCCGGCGAGAUGGAAGCUGCAGUGUAUGGUGUGCAAGCAGCGCGGCGCCGGUGCCUGCAUUCAGUGCCAUAAAAGCAAUUGCUACUCCGCCUUCCACGUUACGUGCGCGCAGCAGGCUGGGCUCUAUAUGAAAAUGGAAGCAGCAGGCGCAGGCCGCGAUCCCAGCCAGCCGGUGCAGGUUGCUAAGAUGGCAUACUGUGAUUCCCACACGCCGGCCCAUGUUUUACAAGAAAGGAGAGCCCAGGAAUCAGAAGGGGAUACAAAAUCACCAAAUUUGCAAGCCAUACGGCAAAAGGGAAGAGAGAAGAUCAUACAGGCGCGGCGCGUGCUGGCGCGCGCGCGGUCGUGGGCGCCGGUGGUGCUGGUGCCGACGCUGGCGGCCGAGCGCGUGGGCGACGUGGCGGCGCUGGCGCCCGGCCCGGCCGCCGCGCGCGCGCACCUCGUCAAGCGCCUGCUGCCCUACUGGACGCUCAAGCGGCACGCGCGCAACGGCGUGCCGCUGCUGCGCCGCCUGCAGAGCCUCACCACGCACCACGGUAGCAGAGGUAUACAAGAUGGUACAGUGAAUGUUCGAGAACUAUGCAAUCAGCUUAAGUAUUGGCAGAGAAUUCGUCAAGAUUUAGAAAGGGCCAGACUGCUGUGCGAGCUGGUGCGGAAGCGCGAGCGGCUGAAAGCGGAGUACACGCGCGUGUGGGAGCGCUGCGUGCUGCAGUCGCUGCGGCCCGAGCGCGCCGCGCUGCACAAGCUGCUGCGCCUGCUGCGUCAGCGCGACGCCAGCGACAUCUUCACCGAGCCCGUCGACCUGCACGAGGUACCAGACUAUAGCACAAUAGUGAAACACCCCAUGGAUCUAAGCACGAUGAGUAAGAAGUUAGACCGAGGGUUGUACAAAACUAUUGAUGACGUAGAAGCCGACUUCCAGCUGAUGAUCGACAACUGUCUUACAUAUAAUAAUAAGGAUACUGUGUUUUACAAAGCUGGAGUAAAAAUGCGGGAGCAAUGUCUGCCUAUAUUCCGACAAGCACGGCGCGACGUCCGCGAGGCGGGCAUGGACGCGUUAGCGGGCCUCGGCGACGCGGACUGCAGCCCCGAGCGUAGCCCCAGCCGCAGCCGCAGUCGCAGCCGUAGCCGCAGUCACAGCCGCAGCCGCAGCUGGAGUCGUAAUCGCAGCCGCAGUCGCAAGCGGAGCCCCAGCAGAAAACGGAGCUAUAGUCGCAAACGCAGUCCCAGUCGCAAACGGAGCCCUAGCCGUAAACGGAGCCCUAGCCGCAACCGUAGCCGAAGUCGUAACCAUAGUGGGCGUACCAGUCGCGCUGCCAGUCGUGUCAGCCGCGUCAGCCGCCGCACCAGCACCGACAGCGAAGGAACUGCAGACACUCGUGAUGAUUCAACGGCGCGCAGCGAACGCAGGCGUUCGAGCGUGGGCAGCCCUUCCGAUGCUGAUAACGAUACGCGCGACAAUUCCCCUGUCGUGAAGAAGACUACGAAGGGCAACGUGAACUGUAAUUGGUGGCGUGGGCGGGGCCGGGGGCGGCGCGGGCGCGGGCGGCGCGGCGCGCGCGGCGGCGCACGUGGCGCACGCGCACCGCACGCCGCCGCGCGCACGCCGCCCCGCGGCAAUGAAAGUGCGACAUCAGGCUCCGAAACAACGGGCACAGAAGCUGUGGUGGACCGUCAGCGUAGUACAGACAUAAAGCGGAAGAGUAUAGAGCGAACACACAGACUGGCCACGCCGGAACAUUCUCCCACGAAGCUCACAGACACGGCCGCUGUUCCAGGUCUAGGUCUGAUGGGUGGACUAAGAAAACCAACGCUACUAGUGUCUCCUCCGACAAUCACAACGCCGCCCAAGAGUUUCGGCUCUGAUGCGUCAUUACCUACGCUAUCAGCAAGCCUGUCUCGCCCCGGGCUGGAACCGUCGCCGAAGAAAAAAGGCCGGGGCCGACCCAGGAAACCUAAAGAGAAGUCCGCCUCCUCACCCGACCUUUUUAGGGGAGCGGGCGCGGCGCCGGUGGCGGCGUCGUUCCUGCAGUACCGCGGGCCGCCCGGCGAGGUGGGCUCCGACAGCGACCUAGCGCUCUCCAGAUCGUCGUCCAGUAGCUCGACGUGGUCGCAGUCGUGCUCGUCGUGCACGCACUACGACGAUAAUGGCUCCGACCAUUCCUGCUCGCUCACCACUACCGACGGGUCAAGUUACAACGAAACAUUAGAUUCGAACGUGGAGGGCAGCGGGCCGGAGCGGCGGCGGCGGUCACGGCGCGGCGUACACACCGACCAUUCGGACACCGAACCCACCACUCCUGUCAAGGGGCGUGGCACUAGGUCUUCCACUUCCAAAACUCCGGUAAAGAGCUCUCAGCCAGAUAUGCAGCUCGAGCCACUACAGUUAGUCUGGGCAAAAUGCAGAGGUUAUCCUUGGUACCCGGCGCUCAUAAUCGACCCGAAGAUUCCAAGAGGAUUCAUUUACAACGGCGUUCCACUACCCGUGCCACCACAAGAUGUGCUCAACCUAAAGAAAAAUCACUCGCACGAGCCAGUGCUUUACCUGGUACUGUUUUUCGACGUAAAACGAACGUGGCAAUGGCUUCCGCCCGCUAAAUUAGAGCCAUUAGGAAUAGAUAAAAGCGUGGAUCAGGCGAAAUUGGUGGAAUCUCGCAAACCUACCGAUAGAAAGGCAGUGAAGAAAGCGUACGGUGACGCGAUGCAGUUCAGAAAACAAGUUGACGGAGAUGACAAAUGACAAAGGUUCAGAUAUAGAUCUCGGAGGCCGCCCAGGAACAGAACGUUCACGUUUGGUAGCUUCUCUCUGAUGCACAUAAGGACACCUGAGGAUACAACUGAUUCUAGUGAUUAAAUAUACAUAAGGCCUCGCAUUCAUAGGCGUAGAAUGGGGAAGGGAAAGGGCCUUCGCAUCCCAUAAUCGUCUGGUGAUUAGAACGAAUCCACGAAUCAAGCCAAGCUUCACAAAGACAAGUCUGAGUUUCAUGAAUUAUUAUUAUUAGAAUUACAUGUGCGCCUUUUUUUUAAGUCCAAACUGGAAAAUAAUCUUAACUUGCAUUUAUAUUAAUUUAUGUUAACAGAUCAUAAAAUAUAUGCCAUUAUGGUUAACCUUUACCACUGUUGAAAGUGAAUUUGAUUUGUAAAUCCUACACUGCAAAAUUAUUACGUAUGUUUAUCUUACCAUGUUCGAAAUCAGUCUUUCUUUAAACUUAAAGAGUUCUAAAAAGAGAUUUUGGAAUCUCGUAUUGAUCUGCAUCGGAAUUUUUCAUUAAGUGUAAAUAAGGUUUGCAAUAAUGCUUACCUAUACCCUGUUUUUAUACAUGAGUAGUAGUAGUGAACAUACAAAAAUAAUAAUUAUUAGUACCAAAACAUAGUUGUUCUUUUUCACUCCUUUCUAAUUAGAUAAAGACGACAUUAGUUUCAACAGAAUUAAUGUUAUAGAAUUGUUUAGAAUAUAUAAGUAAUAUUGUAAUAAAAAAUUUAUGAAAUAAUAUUGGAUAUUCUUCAAAAUUAAUAAAACUGGGGUGUCCUAGCAUAGGAGUUGUAACAUGGUCAUUAUAUAUGAUUACUAACUUUUACCCGCGACUUCGUUCGCAUGACCUGGAUAAAAAGUAGCAUAUAUCCUUCUCCAUCCCAUACAGUAUGUGUAUACCAGAUUUUAUAGCCGUUAAAGCAUUAUUAGGUAACAAACAAAUAAACUCUUUUUCAUAUUAAUAUAAUACUAGUAGAAUUCAUUCAAUGUAUUAGGUAUAGUGAUAAAAAGAAUGCAUAAAGAAAUCUCUAUAAUUACAUCACUGGUAUUUUAUAUUUAACAUAGUAAUAAUUGUUUUUGUUAUAACUAUGUUUUAAUAUAAAAAUAUAAAUUCCAAAUUUGGAUUUUUGAUGUUCUUUUUUUGUAUGUUUAGUUAUUUUUAUAAUGUGCAUCUAUUAUAUGUUUUAUAUGAUUAAUGUAACAUCAAAAGUCAUAUUAAAAUUAUCGGCCAGUGUAUAUAAAAAAUUUGUACAUGGCAUUCUCACAUACCAUGCCUUGUAGUCGAUAUUUUUAGAAUCUGUUAGUAAAAUCUAAUCUCAAAUUCCAUAAAUAUUUAACAAUAAAAUUUAGCAAUAAAGUUUUAUAUCAUGUUUUAACUAUUUUUGUUAUUGAUGCAGCAAUGCGUGCGUUUUUGUUUAAAUCUCACGAACUGCAGUGCAUGGAAUGUCAUAUGCAACACAGUCUGUGGUUUGAUUACCACCACUUUCCAUAAGCUGCCGUGUCAAAUUGCUAGCAUUUCAUAGACGCUGACAGAAAUGGUCGUAAAAAGAACAACCGAUUGCUAUUGAAAAUAGAGAAAAUAAAAGUACCAUAUGUUCACAGCUUUAGGUUCAUACUAAGGUACAUACAUCCAAUUUCCGCCAGAUCUAAUCCAGACUUAUUUCUUGGUUUCCAGUGUAUUACAAAUUGAGCUAUGGAAAAUCUUAAUGUUAAUACUUACAAAAUUGUUAAUAAUCUUUUAUAGAUGAUAAAAAUACACAAUAUGUGGAAAAGUAAUAUGGAUUCCAGCUAGUUUUAUUACAGUAUUCUAUCACAUAGAUGUGUAAAAUACAUAUAUUAAGAAUUCUAUACUCAAUUGAAAAUGAUAUGUGGUAAUUUAGGGAAAUGGUUAUAAGAGGAAAUGUUUAAAAGGAGAUCGCAUAAGCUAUGUUUUGUGAAAACCAAUUUGUGUCCCAUCAAAGAUAUGUAGAUACCAUAGAUGUCUUUCAUGAUCUUUGACAUUAUUAGUAGAUUUACAUUAAACAAAUAAGAAUAAUCGUGUGAAUUAGCUUUAUAUAGAUUGUCAUUCAACAUCAUUUAAUUAUGGGACAAGUUAUAAUAAUAUAUCUGAAUUACUUUAAAUAUUAAGGGUAUCUCUAUAAUCAUAUGAUAAUGUAACCAUACUUAGUUAUUUCAGUCCUAAAUUGUUGUUGUUUUACAUUUAUGUUAGUGUUUGCUACAUGCUUUUUUUUUUUUAAAUAUACAAAUGAAAUUA